CGGAGCCGGGACGGAGCCGGUCCCGCAGCCGGGGUGAGCGCCCGCUCCGCGCUGCCAGGGCGGGGGCGGAUCGGCGGCCCCGCACAGCCCGCAGAUUUUUCAGGCAGUAACACUGAACAUAUGCUUCAAGGAUGUCUCUCUCUCUCAUAAUAAAAUGGGGUGGACAGGAGUACACAAUAACCUCUCUGUCAGAAGAAGACACAGUGUUGGACCUGAAACAGUCCCUGAAGGGCCUCACUGGAGUGUUACCAGAGCGUCAGAAACUGCUGGGGCUUAAAAUGAAGGGCAAACCUGCAGAUGAUGAUGUUAAGCUUGGAGCCCUCAAGUUGAAACCAAAUACUAAGAUAAUGAUGAUGGGCACUCGUGAAGAGAGUUUGGAAGAUGUCCUUGGGCCGCCUCCAGAUAACGAUGAUGUGGUCAAUGACUUUGAUAUUGAAGAGGAAGUUGUGGAAGUAGAAAAUAGGGAAGAAAAUCUACUAAAAAUCUCCCGUAGAGUUAAAGAAUACAAAGUGGAAAUUCUGAAUCCUCCUAGAGAAGGAAAAAAGCUGCUGGUGCUAGAUGUUGAUUAUACACUAUUUGACCACAGGUCAUGUGCUGAAACUGGGGUAGAGCUGAUGAGGCCGUACCUUCAUGAAUUCCUGACUUCUGCAUAUGAGGACUAUGAUAUUGUAAUUUGGUCUGCUACUAAUAUGAAGUGGAUUGAAGCCAAAAUGAAAGAGCUUGGGGUGAGUACCAAUGCAAACUACAAGAUCACUUUCAUGCUGGACAGUGCUGCCAUGAUAACAGUGCACACUCCUCGGAGAGGACUAAUAGAUGUGAAGCCUCUUGGUGUUAUCUGGGGAAAGUUUUCAGAAUAUUACAGCAAAAAAAAUACUAUUAUGUUUGAUGAUAUUGGCCGAAACUUCCUGAUGAACCCACAGAAUGGACUCAAGAUAAGGCCUUUUAUGAAAGCACAUUUAAAUCGGGAUAAAGACAAGGAGCUUCUAAAGCUCACCCAAUACCUCAAAGAAAUAGCAAAACUAGAUGACUUUUUGGAGCUGAAUCACAAACAUUGGGAAAGGUAUCUUUCAAAGAAGCAAGGACAGUAACACUAAUAAAACUGUGUGGCACUGAAUUGAAGGGAACAUCACUAAGAUCAUUGGACUUUUCCUUGCUUUUGUGCUAGAGUAUAAUAGUGCUGGACACUGGACCCAAUGCCAGAACGACUGCUAAACUUGGUCUUCCAGCUGGUUGGUUGUGGGUUUUUUAAAAGAUCACAGCAAUAAGCUCAAAGUGGGAGAAACAAGUCAGUUGCUUUUUCUUGCAUUCAGUUCUGGUGUUACUUCUCAAAAUACUUUCCUCUCCUUUGCUGCUGAAGUAUAACCAUAACCAUCAAAGACCAAAACCAUUCUGAGACUAGAAAAAGAAAUAUUUAGACCAAAAAUGUUGAUUAAAAAGCCAACCUUGGCAGUGUAUGAAUUGUAUAAGUCCUCUAUUCCCUCCAUCUUUAGAAACAGUCUCCCUCUCCCAUUCCAGUAUUUAAGUCUAUAAAUUACAAGUUGUCUAAGUUUGGUAUGUAUUAGUAUGUCAGUGUUUCUCUGUGCAAGACAGUAAGAUGGGAAAGUACCACCUGUGUGGCCAGUUUACCCCAGUGUGUGAACUUGUACUAUAAAGCAGUGUUUACUGGAAAACAAAAGAUUGAAGUUUGGGGGAGAGAAACCCACUGUUAUUUGAUCAGUGAAAAGCAGUCUGCCUGAAAAUCCCCAUAUCUCAGAUAAAGGGUUUAAACCUCAGAUGGGAAAGUCACAUUCCUAACAAAGCAUGAACAAAACCCUUGUUCUCUUCUAGCUAAAUCUUGUCAAAGUGCAAACACUGUGUUUAAAUACAAUAUUCAGCCAUACUGUUCUUAAAAUAUCAUUUACUUGCGCUGCUUAUGCCUGCACUAUAGAAGUGUGAUGUGACUGCUGUUUGGCAUUUCCAACACUUGUGCAUUAUGCAGUUCAUGGAUUUGAAAGAAGACUGACCCUUUCAAAUAAAAAAUGGUAUAUAUUGUUCUUAAGGAACUAUAGCAGUUGUGUAAAUAAUAAAUACCUUUUUCAUA